CCAACCUACAUUGUUGAGCAUAAAACCAAGUUUCAUUGGAAAUGGCCAUGUUUGUUUGCAGCUUUUAUUAUGGAUCUCAUUACUCAAGCAUGGGAAUUGUUCUGUACUACCUUCUACGAUUGGAGCCAUUUACAUCUCUUCACCAGAAUUUGCAAGGUGGUAAAUUUGAUCAUGCAGAUCGCCUUUUCCAAAGCAUUGAGGGGACAUAUCGAAAUUGCCUGUCCAAUACAAGUGAUGUGAAGGAAUUGAUACCGGAGUUUUUUUACAUGCCAGAGUUCCUCUGCAAUUCAAAUCAUUAUCACUUGGGGGUUAAGCAAGAUGGUGAACCCAUAGGUGAUGUAGUCCUCCCACCUUGGGCCAAGGUUUGCAACUUUCCCUGCCCAUGAUUUUAGAUGACAAUA